AAGAUGCGUCACACAUAAUGGCCAGCUGCAAAGGAGUCUCUGGCAAGAGGGUGACAUCACUGAACCUAGUGACUGGAUUCUUUCAGUAUCUCCACGAUGAGCAGGAAGCUGUACAGAAGAGAACUUUCACAAAGUGGAUCAAUUCUCACUUGGCCAAGCGCAAUCCCCCAAUUAUAGUCAAUGAUCUGUUCGAAGAUAUCAAGGAUGGUGUAAUGCUACUUGCCCUCUUGGAAGUUCUCUCGGGACAGAAUCUGCCUUGUGAACAGGGGCGUAAGUCAAAACGCAUCCACUGGGUGAGCAACAUUGGAACAGCUUUGACAUUUCUGGAGGGCAGACGGUCGGUCUACAGAGGAUCACCGAUUAAACUGGUCAACAUCAAUUCCACUGACAUCGUUGAUGGGAGGCCAUCGAUUGUGCUGGGUUUGAUCUGGACCAUCAUCUUGUACUUCCAGAUCGAGGAGCUGACCAGUAAUCUGUCGCUGCUGUCAUCGCUUUCCGGCAGCACCUCCUCCGUGGACAGUACUGCCAACUCUGAGACUGGGAGCCCCCCGUCCAAGAGGAAGGUCGUCACCAAAUUCAAGGGCAGUGCCAAGAAGGCUCUCCUGAAAUGGGUGCAUUACACUGUGGGAAAGCGAAUUGGUAUCGAGGUGAAGGAUUUUGGGCAGAGCUGGAGGAAUGGAUUCGCCUUUCAUUCCGUCAUUCACGCUAUCCGCCCGGAUCUGACAGACUUGGAGAAGGUCCGGAGCCGGUCGAACCGGGAAAACUUGGAAAGUGCUUUCUCCAUCGCUGAAAAUCACCUGGGAAUUCCGAGGAUCCUCGAUCCUGAAGAUGUGGAUGUUGACAAACCCGACGAGAAGUCAAUCAUGACCUAUGUGGCUCAGUUCCUGAAACAUUAUCCAAAUCCACGCGAGACGGAGAAUGAACCUCUUGAGGAAGAGCGAGAAGACAGACUGAUGCUGAGGGAGGCGAGAGCGUGGCUUGAGCAGUUCGAAAGAGAUAUCACGAGGAUGCAAGUGGCCGAGGCUGGGCUCCAGGAACGAUACGAGUUGUUCAAGAGUUUUCGAGGCCAGUACGAGGUUAAAAAGAAGCACGUGGAGGUUUUAAUUCAGCCCUCACAGAAAGAUGGGAAACUGUCGCUGGAUCAAGUCACGGUUAAGCAAGUCUGGGAGAGAGUGUCGGCCAGGCUUCUGGAUUGGCACAUCAUGCUGGACAAGUCACUGCCCUCGCCCCUGGGCACCAUCGGAGCCUGGCUGCACAGAGUGGAGACUAUUCUCGGGGAAGAGAUUGUCAUCCAGCAGGCCCACGAUGAGACGGCCAACAUCAUCCACAGGAAACUGGAGCUACAUAAGGACGUGAUAAAGGCGUUAGAAGGUCACAAACAAAUCUUCCACCAGAUCCACAGGGCAGGAUCUGUGAAUGGGGUCCCAAUCCCAGCAGACCAGCUGGAGGAUAUUGCAGAGCGGUUCGAAUUCAUUACGACCGCCUCCAAGCUCCAUUUAACGAGACUGGACUUUCUGGAGUUGAAGUAUCGCCUCCUGGCCUUCCUGGUGCUGGCUGAAACCAAACUCAAAUCGUGGAUCAUCAAAUACGGCAGGAAGGAAUCCGUGCAGCAUCUCCUCCAAAAUUACAUUUCAUUUGUGGAAGGCAACAAGUUCUUUGGACACUAUGAGGUCACCUUCCAGUCUCUGAAGCACGCGGCCGAUGCUUACCUGAAAGUCGAAAACUCAGCUGAAGAGAGAGAGACCGUCAGCAAGUUCCUGAGCGACUCGACGGUGCAGUGGCGCAAUCUGUCAGUGGAGGUGCGCAGUGUGAGGAGCAUGCUGGAGGAGGUGGUCACCAACUGGGACAGGUACAGCAGCACAGUGGCAACUCUCCAGGCCUGGCUGGAAGACGGCGAGAAAAUGCUGAAUCAGCCAGAACUCGUCAAGAAGGACUUCUUCCGACACCUCCCUCACUGGAUCCAACAGCACUCCGUCAUGAAUGAUGCUGGGAAUUUCCUCAUCGAGACAUGCGACGAAUCAGUCUCCCGAGAUCUCAAACAGCAGCUGCUGUUACUGAACGGGCGUUGGAGGGAGCUCUUCGUCAAAGUGAAACAUUACGCCCGGGCGGAUGAAGUGGACAAGCUGAAGAAGGAGUAUCUGGACGGAGUAUCGGCUCUGAAGAGUUUCGUGGAGACAGCGAAUGAGAAACAGAACUCACCAGUCGAUGUGUCUUUUCUCAAUAUCAAGACUUACGUGCAAGAUAUGGAGGUUAUAAAACAAAAGGUGCCAAUAAUGGAAGCUCAGUACAAACUGGUUUCCAAGACAGCUCAGCAGUUAACAAAGGACACCCCGCAGGAUGAAGUAACACAGAUGCUGUCCACGAUGUCCACCAUUAAGGAUCAGCUGAUAAAAGUUCGGGAGCGCUGUCAGUGUUUGCUCCUGGAAGCUCAGCAGUUGCUGAGUCCCCUGGAUGAACUGGAGAAGGAAAUCACAGCUUUCUUUGAGUCGUUGAAUCAUGCCAAUCAAAUUACCUCCCCGGGGGAAGCUGAGGGUCACUCCGUAGCCGGUUUCAAGGCGAGACACCAGGAAUUGGCAGAUUGCCAGGAGGAUUGCAAACAAGCAGCGAUUGCGGCAGAGAGGAACAUGCAAGUCGUUCAGAGCCUGCUGAGUGACAGCAAAGUCCUGCGGCACUUGGAUUUCUCCAUUCUUCAGAAGAAAAUCCUUCAUAUUCAGGCAGCAUUCCAGGAACUGGUGAAGCAGGGAGCGGAGUGGAGGACGCGUAUGGAAACAAACAGUAAUCUGCUGAAGAGAUUCGAAGACUGCAGGAAGGAUCUGGAAAUGGUCCUGCAAUCGACCCAGACAGCCAUGGCGGAAGUGGGGAACCCCGAUCGGCUUUUGGCGAGGCACACGGAGUUCUUUGGCCAGCUAGAUCAGAGAACAUUGAAUGCUUUUCUGAAGGCUUGCGAUGAGCUGACUGACAUCCUCCCUGAACAGGAGCAGCAAGGCCUGCAGGAUACUGUCCGCAGUCUGCACAAGCAGUGGAAGGACCUUCAGGCUGAAGCCCCCUACCACUUGCUCCGCCUCCAGAUUGAAGCAGCCAGAAAUAAGCUGGUGGAGAUGAUGGAGGAAUGUAAACUACAACUGGAAAAGGAGAACAAGCUCUUAACCAGCACCAACAGUGAAGAGCUUAUUGUACAACACAAGGAGUUUUUCUCCGAGACUGGGAAGUUCGAGUGGUGCAGGAAGCGGGGCAAGGUGAUCGGAGACCUCUGUCAGAAGCUGCCGGAAUCUCGGAAGUACGAGGGGAUCAGGACAAAACACGAAAUGGACAAAAAGACGCUGAGGGAAUUGCAAGGACUUAUUGAUGCCACCUACCAGAAAAUAUUGGAUCAGCCCGACAAAUGGAAGGAGUACAGGACGAGAUAUUCCGAACAAUCAAAAUGGCUUCUGACAAAGAAUAAGCAGCUGAUGGAGAUCCGGAAUGACGCCUCCAAUCCCAGAAAGUACGGAGAGUUGCAGUCAGUUCUGAAGGGAGUUAAGGAAGAGGCAAGCCGCGAGGAAGCAAACAUUUUGUGGUUGAGAUCCCGACUGGCUGCACUAAGGGUCGUGUCUUCAGAGAGUGAAGCCCAACGACAAGAUGAGGAGCUGUCCAAACUCACAGCUGGAUUCAACAGGCUCCUGACCCAAGUGGACGAGUGCAAUAAGCUGUUGUCCAGUGUGGGCGAAUGCAUUCAGCACACAGAUGAGAUCAAGAGCAUCUUGAAACAGCUUACUGACUCCCAGCAGCAACUGCAGGCAGAAGGGGAGCGGCUGAUGGAUUCCAAGGAUCUUCAAGAAGCAAGGGAUCUCCACCUGCAUUACCAGCAACAAGCGAAACGGCUUGCGGUGAGGAGACGGGAGGCCCAGCAGCUCCUGGCCCGCGGGAGGGAGUUACAUGCGGCUGCCGAGCUCUCUACGUCCUCCCGGGGGGAGCUGCAGAGCCAGGAGGCAGCCCUCCAGGAGACCGAGAGAGCGGCAGAUGAACAGCAGAGAGAGCUGGAGGAGAUACUAAACCAAUGGCAGCGUUUCGAAGAUGAGAAGGCGGACCUGACGGAAUUCCUGAACCGAGCCGGAAUGGGCACGGAUCGCUCGUUCAGCAGCCUGGAGAGCCUCAGCUCAGAGCUGGAGCAAGCCAAGGCCCUUUGCAGAGACAGUGAAGAUAAGGCAGCUCAGGCUGAGGGUCUCUUACAGACAUUGGAAAACCUGAAAGUGGGUCCCAACAGUAAACAGUCCCUGCAGCAACAGUCCAGAACGCUGAGAGACAAGGCUGGAAACGUCCGGGCAAACCUGCAAAGCCAUGUGAAACAUCUGGAAGAGGUCAGGGCUCUGUGGGCGAGCUUAUCAGCAAGCUUUGAGUCACUGGGCCACUGGAUGGUGGAAAAGCAGAAGGAGCUGAAAGAUGUGGAGGACUGGUCCAUCCCACUGGAGGAAAAGCUUUCCAAAAUUAAGCUUCUUGUGGAUGCCGUGGUCUCGAAGUCAAAAGAGAUGAGGAGCUUGGAAGAGGAGUCGCAGAAACUGGCCCAGUUUGUCACCUCAGGCGAGAUCGCUCGUGUCAAGGCCCGGUUGACCCAAAUAUCCAGGCAGUGGGAAGAUCUCCAUCAACGCAGCCAGGAGCUGGGCAGCGAACUGCAGAACCAAGUCUCCCUGCACCAAAAACAUGACAAGGCCCUCAAAAAGGUCCAGCAGUCACUGACGGACAUAGAGGCCACCUUGAUGGGGAGAAGCAACAAAUGCUCCUCUGCAGAGGAAGCUAAUCGGCUGAUACAGGCACACCAGGAGUUCUGUCAGACCAUUGAGCAGAUAAAAACCCCAAUGGCGUCACUCUCAACAACUGUCCGCAGAGUCAGCAACAAGGACGAAGCUGCUCAGGAGCUGAACGCUCUGCAACAGAAGUACGAGAGGGUGCAAGAUCAGGCCCAGCAAGUACAGGUGGUGCUGGAUGACCUGUUGUUGCUCUGGCAGAAGUAUGAGAAGGACCUGUCCAGUUUCGUCUCUUGGCUUGAAAGGCACGAGACAAUCACAAGCUCCUGGUCUCCCUACCUCCCUUCUGACCAAGCCAAGCUGCAAAACGAAGUGCACGCUCUGAAGGAGCUGCAGUCUGAGGUGAUGUCCCAGGAGUCGGUCCAUAGGAGUAUCGUCACGCAAGGCAAGGCUUUGUACCCAACCACCUCAGAAGAGAAUGUGAAGGCGAUGAAGUCAAACUUACAACAGCUGGACAAGAGGUGGCAGACUCUGUCCCACGCUGUCAAGAAACGAAUCCGUCUGUUCGAGGAGGCAGUUGAGAAGCACCAGCAGUUUGAUGAACGUUUGCUGAGAUUUUCCUAUUGGGUUGAACGCUUUCUCAGUGGCCUGCAGUCAACCUCAGAGAUCAUUUCCACAGAUCUGCAGCCUGCACUGAAUCACAUAAAGGACCAGGCGGGUGCUGUGGAACAACAGCGAGCUGAACAGCAGAGCCUCAAUGACCAAGUGGAACAACUGUGCUCUAUGUGUGAGCUGCAGGACCAGCUCCUCCACAGCAGGAUGGCGGAGUGCUACCAGCUUUUCCAGGAAGCCAAUCAGGUUGUUGAGCGAAGGAAGGAGGUUCUCGGACAGCUGGCCUCCUUCCUGGAAACCCACAGGGCGGCCGGAAACGUGCUUCACAGGAUUAGGAAGACGGUCGAGACUGCGACCAACUGGGACAAGGUAAAGACGGAAUUGCUGGACAAGGAGCUGGGGGAUGUGACGCCCGACAUUAAGCAACUGGAGUCCCAAGCCACAGCCCUUGAUGCACUCAUCAGUCAAGCUCAGUACCAUAUGAAACAAGUGGGCUCCAACUCGAGGACAUCCUGUCGAGACUUGGCUGAAGGAUUAGAGGCAGAACUGGAGUCUGUCCAGAAACUCUUGGGCACCAAACAAAGCGAAGCUGAAGCACUGAACUCGCUGUGGAAAUCAUUCAAAGAGCGCAAGGAACAGCUGCUGAAGGCCAUUGAAGACAUUGAGGAGAAGGCAGACAGUGAGGGUCUGAAAGAGCCUACUCUGCCAGCUUUACAACUCAGAUUGAGAUUGUUCAGUCAACUUGAGGAAGACCUCAAUGCCCAACAGCAUGAGCUGCAGUGGCUGAUGGACAAAGCAAAACAGCUGACUCAGAAGGAUAAGACUUCAGCCGCGGAAGCUGAGAAAGAAAUUAACCUGCUGGAAGUGACUUGGAAUGACACCAAAAAGCUCAUCAAUGACAUUCAAGAUCAGGCCUCCUUCCUGCUUGGCCUCAUGAGGGACUACCAGAGCUCCAAGGCCUCUCUCCUCAAAGUGAUUGAAAAUUCUGAAGCUGUGGCCGUGAUCAAAUCGAGUCUAUUGGAUCAAGAAGACUUAAGGAGAACACUGUCCAGGCACGAAGUGGUGAAGUCCGAAUUAAAUGGAACUCAGGAACAACUGGAUGGAUUCACCUCGAAAGCGAAGCAACUGUUGGGUGAAUUGAAGAAGGUUCACGGCUGUGACUCAGUGCCUUUCAAACAAGAUCUGGACAGUGUCAUGGACCAAUGGCUGGAUGUUUCUGAGCGACUGGACGACAACAUUGAGAGGCUGAGCAAGAGUCUCGCUCUGUGGGAGGAUGUGCUCAACACCAGCGACGAGAUUGACGCCUGGUCCAAAGGUUCUGUCUCUGAGCUCAAUGAAAUGAUUGGCAACUUGAAUGACAGCCAGAGAAUGGAAGGGAGACUGCUGGAGUUCCAGUCUGACCUCAAAGCUAAAGGGGAGAAACUCAAGACCCUACAUUCUAAAGUCUGCGAGCUGAUGGAGAUAUUCAAAUGUCAGGAGCCACCUCCCGUACUGCAGGCAGUGGAAGCUGAAUCGCGGAAGAAGCUGGAACAUGCUCAGGGGGUGUCCGAGGCAGCCAGAGAGACGCUGAAAGAUUUCAGUGCCCAGAAGAGCCAGAUGGAGAACUACAUCGAGAACCUCACUGACUGGUUACACACGGUGGAGCGAUCGCUGUCCGCCUGCGCUGAGGGCCACGAUGCCGAGGACCUGAGGAGAGUGAAGGAGCUGGACCUGGAGCUGGUUAAUCAGCAGAGCAGCAUCGACACGGCCCGAGAGAACCUGAACAGCUUCUGCCGCAAGUACCACUCGACGGAGCUGGGGGGCUUGGGCAGCGGGCUCACUGAGCUGAUCAAACAGUACGAAAGCGUCAACCAACUCUCCUCCAAAACACAAGCCAGGCUCCAGGACGCACUGGAAGAGCAUUUAACUGGGUUUUUACAGGAGUUUCAGCAGUGGUUGUGUGAUGCACGGGCGUCGGUGAAGGAAUGUGAUGACCUGUCAGGGGAUGCACAUCUCAUCGAGGAGAAGCUGCAGAAACUCGAGGAAUUUCUGACCAGGGCAAGUGUAGGGCAGAACAAGCUGGAUGCCGCAGUGGCUGAAGGAAACAAGCUUGUGCCGCAUUUGCCCAAACCCAGUGCCUCGCAGGUUCAACAGCAGCUGGCAAACAGCCAACAGGAAUGGGAGAGCUUCCUCAAUCAGUGCCAACAGAACAGGAAGACUCUGGCAGACUAUGCAGAAGAGCUGACCAGGGAUGCUUUCGACAGCCUGUGCCAGAAGGCGCAGACUCUGAACGAGCUGGGCUACGGAGACGGAGGGGCCACUCGGCCUGCCUCCCAGUUGCUAGCCCGGCACCAGCAGCUGGCCAAGACGGUGAAGGAGAAGCUGAGAGCUGGCCAGCUGGGGCUACAGGAGCACCAGGUCUUCGAGGAAACACUGCAGAGCACCUGGGCCUGGCUCAGAGAGGUCCAGAGCAGAAUCACAGCCAUCGACAGCACUGUGGGCAGCAAGGCCGCACUGGAAAAACAGCUGCUUCAGAUCCAGGAGAUCCUGCUGAUGAAGGGUGAAGGCGAGGUGAAGCUGAACAUGACGCUUGGUAAAGGGGAACAGUCUCUGAAGAGCAGUAACCAGGAGGCAAGGGAUGCUAUUCAGAACCAGCUUCAGGCUCUUAAAGAGGCUUGGGCCAAGGUCGUCAGUAGCUCCGUGAACUGUCACAGCCAGCUGGAAUGUGUGGUGGUGCAGUGGAACGGGUUCCAGGAAAGUAAGAAGCAGCUCCAGCAGUGGAUGGAGGCGACGGAGCAGGGAGUGAGCCAGGGCCUGGAGCUGCAGAACGACCUGAAGGACAAGCUCUUGCAGCUGGAGCGACACCAGAGUCUGCUGGCCGACAUCGAGAAGCACUCGGCCGUUCUCUCCCGGUUGAUUGAGAAAGCCAAGGAGCUGCUGGAGAGAACUGGAGACACGUCUUUCACGGAGGAUGCACAGCUGGAGAUGAGGACCCAGUUUGCCGAUAUUGUUGUGGUUGCCAAGGGGAAGGUGAAGAAGCUGGAGGAUCAGGUGCAAGACCAUCAGCAGUAUAACAUCGCCGUGCAAGAACUAACAAACUGGCUGACCUCGGCUAAGGAGGAACUUCACCGCUGGUCAGACUUAUCGGGAGACUCGACAGCCCUGCAGAGAAAGCUGAAGAAAGUCACGGAGCUGAUCGUUUCCAGACGGAAUGGCAGGGAGCGUCUGAACAGAGUGGAGGCUCUGGCCGCAGAGGUGGGCGAGCAGACGGCAGCGAGCGGGCGGGAGGCACUGGCCAGGGAGUUGGAUGCCCUGCGGACGGACUGGCAGCAGUGGGAGGAGAGCACCCUGCAGGCGCAGAGCGGCCUGGAGACCAUGCUCAGUCAGACCACUAGCUCCGAGCAGGAGUUCCAGGCACAGGUCGCUCAGCUGGACAAGGACCUUACGGAGUUCAAGGCCAGUCUCACGGCCUGCUCACACAGCCUGUCCCAGCUGCAGGACAAAACAACAGACGAAGAGCUUGUAGAAUGCUGGCAGAAAGCAAAGGAGACAGAGGAAGCUCUGAAAGAGGCAGAAAGCAUGAGUGAGUCCCUGAAAGGUCAACUCAAUGACCUCUGCAGAUUUUCCAAGGAUUUGAGUUCACAUUCAGAUAAAGUUUCGUCUCUGAUCAAAGAAUACAACAGCCUUUGUUUACAGACUGCAAAGUAUUGUCAGAAUAAGGAGAGGGCACUGGAGCAGCGAUUCCGUACCACCUUCAGGGAGUUCCAGCAGUGGAUGAUCAACACCAAGAUCACCACCUGCUUCGAUACACCUCAAAACAUCGAUGAAGCAACUGCAAUCAUUCAGAAACUGCAGGAUUUCCUGUCAGAGAGCGAGGCCUGUCAGAGCAAACUCAACACUCUCAUCUCCAAAGGCGAGCUGCUGGGCAGGAUUCUCAGCAAGGACAAGGCCGAAGCCAUCCAGACCAAAGUGUCCACUGCCAAGGAGGACUGGAAGAACCUGCUCACAAGCCUGCACCGAAAGGAAGCCGCCUUACAGAACCUGCAGUCUCAGAUGAAGGAUUUCGAAGCUGGGGUCGGGCCUGUGCAGGAGUGGUUGAUUGCCACGGAAGCGGCCGUACAAGGGAGCAACAGCCAGCUGCCCGACCUCGUGGCCAAGAAAAACGAGCAGUUCAGGCUUCAGUCUGUCCUAGAGGAUAUAACCUACCGCGAACCCCAGCUAAACAAGCUGAAAGAGAAAGCUCAGCACCUAUGGGAAGAUCAAGCUUCCAACAAGAGCUUUAUGCACAGAGUCUCUCAGCUGUCCGCUUGGUAUUUAGCCUUAAGUAACUUAGCCAAGGAGAAGACACUAAGAGCUCAGCGAACUGUGUCAGAACAUCAGCAGUUCUCCCAGGGUCUGAAGGAACUACAGGAUUGGCUGGCUGAUGCCAGGCACAUGCUGGAGUCUUACUGUGCUCCCACUGCUGAUAAAAACCUGCUGGACAGUCGGAUGGCAAAGGUCGAGGCUCUGCUCGCCCUCCGACAAGAGAAGGAGAUCCAGCUGAAGAUGGUGCUGACCCGCGGGGAGUCGGUACUCAGGAGCACCUCUCCUGAGGGCACCGUUGCCAUUCGCCAGCAGAUGGCGGGUCUCAAGGAUUCCUGGGACUCGCUACUGUCCUUCUCCAUCCAGUGCAAAAGCCAACUAGAGGGAGCGCUAUCCCAGUGGACCAGUUACCAGGACGAUGUCCGGCAGUUUAUGAGCUGGAUGGAUCGGAUGGAGGGAGACCUGAAAGCCUCGGAACGACAAUGUACUGAACUUCGGGACAAAGCAACGGCUCUGGGCAAAGCGAAGUUACUGUACGAGGAUACCCGGAGUCACAGCCGCCUGUUGGAGACGAUCCAGGCGAAAGGCGAGAGCAUGGCCCAGCACUACGUCAGCCGCUUGGAACUGCAGGAACUCCAGGAGAGGUUCAGUAACCUGAGUGAAAAGGCCAAGGAGGGCACCAGAAAGGCUGAAGAGCAGCUUCUGCUGCACCAGGAGUACCAGCUGGGUCUGAAAUCAUUUGAGGAGUGGCUGGAGCAGGAGAAGGAGAAUCUCUGCUGCUGCUCCCACCUGGGGAACGAUGUGGAGACACUGGAAAGCACGCUCCGUGACCUAGAGGACUUGGAGAAGCAUUGCACUGAAGGCCAGACUUUAAUGAGUGCAGUUCUUCAGAGCCAGGAGAAGAUGACCUUAUCAGGGUCUACAUAUAUGGAGGAUCGCAUUCUCGAGUCCGCGCAACGGGACUGGCACCUGUACCAGCGGAGGCUGGCUGAGACAAAGGAGAAGGUCAAUGCCACCCUGAGCAUGCUCAGGAAGUUGGAGAAGAUGUUCCAGCAGGUGAAUGUGUGGCUCUCUGAUCUCGAGGGCAAAGUCAAUAUCCGGACGGGGAGGAAGUCUGACCGAGACACAAAGCAGACUCAGCUACAGCAGUUACAGAAAUGGAACGAGGAAAUUCUUGCUCGGAAGGAUGAAGUGGAAAGGGUUGGGCUGCUUGCUCAUCAAGUGCUAGAGGAGAGUCACAUCAACAGCAGUGUGGGAAGUCAAGCUACCCAUCUUGCUGCCCGAUAUCAGGGCAUUCUGCUGCAUGUGGUGGACCAGACCAAGUUGCUGAAAGAGGAACUGAGGGCUUUAGAAGAAGCUGAUUUGGCGCUGGGCACCUACACAGACUGGCUCCGUGCCACCCAGAAGAACUUUAAAAACAUGGCGGUGGCUUUGAAUGUAGUGGACAAAACCGCCAUGGAAAACAAAAUUAAAAAAUUUGAGACGCUGCACAAUGACAUCGACAUGGGGAACAGCCUACUGAAGAUGAUCCUUGAGAAGAGUGAGAGGGCUAUAGAGUAUCUGGAGGGGCCGGAGGCUCAAGGUCUGCGGAAAUCCAUGGACGGCCAUAUUGGCCAACUGAAUGAGUUGACCAGUUCCAUUAGGAGGGAGCGUGGCAACCUGGAGAAAUGCCUGUACCUCACGAAGGAGUUCCUGGACAAGUACCAGAGCCAGACCAAGUGGUUGGCAGAGUACCAGGCCAUCUUGCAGAUCCCAGUGGAGCCCAAAGUGGAACUGUUUGAGAAGAAGGCCCAACUGGCAAAGUACAAGGCCAUCCAGCAAACCAUCGUGUCUCACGAGCCGGGGAUAAAGUUGGUGAUCGAGAAGGGGCAGGCUGUCUUCGAGCUCAUUCAUGACCCCGCAGUCAGUGACAAUCUGAAGAGGCUGCAGACAGAUUACCAGGAGCUCCGCUCAACGGUGAUGGUGUGUGUCCAGAAUCUGGGAGAGAAGGUGAGGGAGCACGAGGAUUAUAACAGCAACCUGCAGGAAGUGGAGAAGUGGCUGCUACAGAUCUCCACUAGGCUGGUGGCUCCUGACACCACCCAGAGCACCAACCUGGAGAUGGCAACCCAGCACUUGGCAAGGCACAAGCCUAUCAUGGAGGAGAUAGCAGGCUUUGAACACGCUUUGGCGAGCCUGAGAAGCAAAGGGGACAGCCUGGUUGCCAACUGCUCAGAGGGACUCCAAGGAAAGUUUAAGCAUCAAGUCCAAGGCCACCUGCAGGGCAUCCGGGACAGUUACUCUGCCAUCUGUAGCACAGCUCAGAGACUGUACCAGAGUCUGGAACGUGAGCUACAGAAGCACGUCAGUCACCAGGACACCCUGCAGCAAUGUCAGGCCUGGCUCCAUUCUGUGCAGCAGGAACUGAAGCCCCGAGACCACCCGCCCACCAGCCCACGGAAAUCACUCAAACAGGUGAAACAUUAUCGGGCUCUACAGGAGCAGGCCAGUACUUACCUGGAACUGCUUUGCUCGAUGUGUGACCUGUCUGAUGACACUGUGAAGAUAGCAGCUGCAGAUAUCCAACACACCAAACAAGCGAUUGAGCAGCGGCUGGUCAGGUCGCAGGAACUGGCCCUGGGCUGGGAGGAGGUAAAGCGACAGAAGGCCGAACUAGGAGCCUGCUUCCUGGAGACCGAGCAGCAGCUGCACAGCCUGAAGAGGAGGCCCGCGGAACUGGAACUGAAAAUCGCUCAGAAACAGGUGGCCCAGGUGCAGGAGCUGGGUCGUCAUUUCCAGUCCAGGCAGGCAAACAUCACUGCCCUGACAGAGAAGGUCAGUGCUCUGACAGAGGGUCAGGAGUCACCUGAACACUCCGAGAUCGGGCAGCUGAGUAACCAGUGGCUGGAGCUGUGUCACCAGAUCAAUGCCCUUCUCUCUCUGAGUGAGGAGGACCAGCAGAGAGCCAGAGAUUACCACGACCGAGUGAGCGUUGUGGAAGUGCUUUUGGACAAGUUCACAAAAGAGUGGGACAACUUAGCAAGGACCGAUGCCGAGAGCACGGCCGAGCAUUUGGAAGCUCUGAGGAAGCUGGCCGGUGAGGUGCAGGCCCAGAGGUUUGUCCUGGACGACCUGAAGGAGCAGAAGCAGAUGCUGAUGGACCGCCUGGACCCCGAAGACAAGGAGCUGAUCAAGGAGCAGAGCAGUCACCUGGAGAGACAGUGGGUGCAGCUGGAGGGGCUGAUCGAGAAGAAGAUCCAGCUGUCCGCCCGGGUCCUGGAGGAGCUGAGCCAGUGCCAGGCCCGGCUGGACGACCUGCUGGAGUGGGCCGAAGCGCAGGCCCAGCUCUUCGGCGAAGCCCUGAGGUGCAGCCCGCCGGCCGAGCUGGCCCAGACCCUGCUGCCGGACCACAUCGCCGUCUGCAACGAGCUGGAGUCGCAGGAGCUGGCCCAUGGGGCGCUGACGGAGGAGGCCGAGAGGAUCUUGGCCCAGCUGGGCCUGGACGAGAGGCAGCAGCUGCAGAGGGCCCUGAGCGCGCUGCACGGGAGGAUGGGCUCCCUGCACGAGGCGGUGGGCCAGCGCAGGAAGUACCUGAGCCAGGCCCUGUCGGACCGCACCCAGUUCCUCAUGGCCGUCGGCCUGGCCAGCAGCUGGGUCCAGCAGAACCGGUUGGUGGCCACCUCCAAGGAGCCUGCGGCCCUCAUGCCGGCUGAGGUGGGCAAGCAGAUCCGCAGCUGCAAGAGCGUCGGCAGCCGCCUGAAGGAGUACCAGACGGACGUGGCGGCUCUGUGGGCUCAGGGCAGGGAGCUGGCCAAGGAGGCGACGGAGGAGGAGACAUCCGAGAUCAUGGCCCAGCUCCAGGAGCUGCAGGCCACCUACGACUCGGCCUUGCAGGAGGGCGCCCAGCGGCUGCAGGAACUGGAGAAGGUGCUGCUCUCCAGGAAGUACUUCAAGGCUGACCUGGACCGGGUGUGCCAGUGGAUGAAGCAGGCCGACGUGGUGACCUUCCCGCAGGUCAGCCUGAUGGGCAGCGACGCGGAGCUGUCCUCGCAGCUCGCCAGGUACCGGCAGGUUCUGGAACAGUCCGCCGAGCACGAGAACCUCCUGCUGCUGGUGCAGAGGGCCGGCCGUGAGCUGCUGCCCUCCCUCAGCGAGGCCGACCACUCCUUCCUGGACGAGAAGCUGAACGCCCUGCCCCGCCAGUUCAACAGCAUCGUCGGCCUGGCCAAGGAGAAGUCCGAGAAGAUCCAGGAGGCCAUGGCGGCCCGCCAGGAGUACGCCUCGCUGGUCAGCCUGACUGGCAAGGCCCUGGGUGAGCUGGAGGAGCAGCUAGUCCGGGUGAGCAAGGCCCGCCUCAGCCUCUCGUCGGAGGAGGCCCAGUCAGCCUGCAGUGACUGCCGGGCCCUCCUCGAUGAGGUGACGGGCCUGGGCAAGGCAGUGGAUGACCUGAACCAGAGGAAGGAGACCUUCCGGAGCUCCGGCCAGCCCUGGAUGCCCGACGAGGUGGCGGGUCUGUCCGGCCUCCACAGCCGCCUGAGGCGACAGGCUGAGCGGCAGCUGGCGCUGCUGGGAGACACCGCCGAGGCCUACCGGGAGCACGAGGCCUGCUCGCUCAGGCUGGAGGCCCGGCUUCGCGCCCUGGCCGAAGAGCUCGUCCGGGUCAACGAGGAAACCCUGUCAGUGGAGGAGAGGCUGAAGAACUACCACGCUCUGGCGGGGACCGUGCAGGAGGUCAGCUCCCUCCUGAAGGGGCUGAUCGAGCAAGUGGAGCAGUUUUCACCGGAGCUGGACACUGGGGCCCGCGAGGCAAGGAGCCAGCAGCUUCAAGCUUGGAAGGAGGAGCUUCAGUCAGCGCAAGGAACCAUCAGCGCCAGGAUAAUGGAGUGUGAGAGCAGACUGGUUCAAACGAUUGACUUCCAGACGGAAAUCCAACACUCUCUGGAUUGGCUGCAGCAGGUGAAGGGAGACCUCAGUGCCGACUUGAACCUGGAUGUCAAUCUCCAGGGUGUCCAGGAGGAGAUCCGGAAAUCCCAGAUCCUCGAGGAAGAGGUGCAGUCGAGUCUUCGGAUCAUGGUGGCAUUGAGCAGUAAAGAGAAGGAGAAAUACUCCGAGUCCAGGGAUCUGAUGCCUCCAGAGGUGGAGAGCAAUCUGCUGGAACUUUCCAGACUCGAGGCUGAAGUCCAGGAAACCCUGAGCAGCAAGAAGACAUCCCUGGACAAGGCGCAGACUCUGGUCCAGCAGUACCUGCGGGCAGUUCAGUCUGCCAGGGGCUGGCUAGACGAUGCCAGUGCCCUCUUGCAGCAGACCGGAGAUGGCGUGGACGUUGAAGCUUCGGAGGAGACCUUGAGAAGGCACGUUGAGUUCUUUGCCACGGAAGCAGAGCUGGCCAGCCGGCUGGGAGAGUUGGAGGCACUAAUGCCCGGCUUCCUGCCAUUGAUCAGCACAGCAGGGAGAGAACAUGUGGAACAGAACUUGGCGUCACUACGGCAACGGAGAGCAGACACUGAGCAACAAGCUGAGGCUCAGCAAGCCGUUCUGCAAAGGUGUGUGACCCAGUGGCAGGACUAUCAGGAGGCCAGGCAGCAGGUCAUUGCUCUGAUGAACCAAGCGGAAAAGAGGUUGUCGGAAUUCUCUUCAGCCAAAGCAGCAACUAGCCAUGAAAGUGAAGAAAAGCUGACUCAACACAAGUCCUUGCUGUCAGUGGUGAACUCCUUCCAUGAAAAGAUCACUGCCCUGGAGGAACAGGCUUCCCAUCUCGAGAGCCUGGGCAACGAUGCCAGCAAGGCCACCAUCAGCAGAUCCAUGACCACGGUGUGGCAGCGCUGGACUCGACUCCGCACUGUCGCCCGUGAGCAGGAGAAGAUGCUGGAAGAGGCUGCGAGAGGCUGGAAAAACCUCACCGACAAGAUCGAGACCACGACCGUGGUGGUGGACCAGUUGCAGGAUCGACUCCCCGACAGCUCGGUUGAAAAGGCGAGGAAGACCGAACUGCUGGAGCUCCUGGAGUACCACGACGCUUUCGCCCAGGAGGUGGAACGGGAGCAGUCCACUUUGACCGUUCUUCGACAGCAAGCCUUAAACAUGCUCCGUGACGUGGCUCUGCCUUCCACCUCUGUCGAGGACCUGCCUGUAAUGCAUGAGAUCAAGGCCAUGCAGGACAGAUACGACAACGUGCGGCAGAAGAUAAGGAAGAGUAAGAAGAUGGUCCAGCAGGAGCUAAAGGAGCGGGAAGAGGUGGAGAGUGAGUUAAAUGCUGUCAAACAGUGGCUCCAUGAGACAAGAGAGUAUCUGCUGAAUCCUACUUCGGAUGCAGUUACGGAGCUUCGAGAGCUGAAGGAACUUCACACCGAGGUAGCUGCUCGACAUCAGACUGUGGCGCAACUGGGAGAUCGACAACGCGAUAAAUACCUGGAGCUUUACACUAUUCUGCCAUCCGAGCUCUCGGAACAAUUGGCUGAGGUCACCCUGGCCCUUGGAGCCAUUGAGGAACAGGUGAAUUUGAAAGAAGGAGAAGCUCAGCAAAUGCAGGCAGUGACCCUGGACUUUAACUGCAGGAUGCAGCAGAUCUCUGAUGAAUUGAAUGACAUCUCCAAAAAGCUGAAGGAGAAAGGAACUGAUAUUGUACAAGCCAAGAUUGAGCACAAGAGACUAUGGGACAAGGUGGACAGCUGCAAUGUGAAACUUGUGGAACUGGACGCAACAAUACAGGAUUUCACAGAGCAGAACCCUCAUCAGAGCAAGUGUCUGACCGAUGACAUGAUCAAGCUCUCGAGUCUGUAUCAGCAGGUCUUUAAGGAGACCGAGUACAGAGCCUCCAAACUUAACAAGGCUGCUUCACAGUUGGAGGAAUUCCAUGAGAUGCUUGAGUUUGUGCUGAAGUGGUUGGAGAAAGCCAAGGAUCUCGGGUACAGUGCGAUCAGUUGGCAUUGUGCAGCUCAGCUCAAUGACCAACUGAUUACCUACCAGGCCACCCUACGUGAAUCGGAGGAAAUCCAGAGUGAUCUGCAGGCCAUGGGUGAGAAGUUAGACAGCGUCAGUGAUGUGCAUCAGACGGGUGCAAUGUCUCAGCGCGUGGCCAACCUCCACCAGCAGACAGAUGAGCUCCAGCAACUCAUGCGAACCCGCCUUCAGAGCCUGCAAGACGCAGCUAAGGAUAUGGAGCAGUUUGAGACUGAGGUGAAGAGCCUGCAGGUGAUGGUCAAGCAAGCCCAAGUCACUUUGACCUCCCCUGAGCUUGCACGCCUGUGCCUAAAGGAGCAACUCUUUCAAAGACAGAGGUUGCUGGCCGACAUGGAGAGCUUCAAGCACAAGGUGCAAGUGGUGCACCGAUAUCAGGCUGCCCUGCGCAUUCCCGAAGAAAUUGUCACCAAUCUGCCCAUCUGCCUGACAGCACUGAGGCUCCAGGAGCAGGCUAGUCGGCUACAGCACACUGCCAUUCAGCAGUGUAACAUCCUGCAGGAAGCCGUGAUCCAGUAUGAACAGUGCGAACAGGAAAUGCGGCAUCUCCAGCAGCUGAUUGAUCGAGCCCAUCGCGAGAUCCAGGAGAAACCUGUAUCUACCAGUAACAUCCAGCAGCUGCAGGCCCAGAUCUCCCGACACGAGGCGUUCGCCCAGAAGAUUAAAGACUACCAGGAACAGAUUGCUGCUCUGAAUACCAAGUGUAAGAUGUUGACCAUGAAGGCGAAGCAUGCCACGAUGCUGCUGACUGUCACUGAGGUGGAGGGGCUCUCCGAAGGGAUGGAAGAGCUGGAUGGAGAAUCCAUGGCUGCUCACUCAGCGCACCCGUCUGUGGUUAUGAUGACAGCUGGCCGCUGUCAUACUCUCCUCUCACCUGUCACUGAGGAAUCUGGGGAAGAGGGGACCAACAGUGAGCUUUCCUCUCCGACAGCUUGUCGCUCUCCCUCACCUAAUGCUGAUGUGUCUGGUAACCAGGAUAGUGCUUACUACGGUGCGGACGAAUUGCAGACUGCAGCUCCCGAUUCUCAGGAUACGAGCAACGCAGCAUCACUGCAGGAACCAUUAGAAACCACACUGGGAGAGUCAGCCUCCUCUAAACUCGAUGAUCUGCAGCGUUCCUGGGAAACUCUAAAGAAUGUGAUCAGUGAAAAGCAGCGGACUCUUUAUGAGGCCCUUGAACGACAGCAGAAAUAUCAGGAUUCCGUGCAGUCUGUCUCGGCCAAGAUGGAGUCGAUCGAAGGGAAGCUGGGGGAGGCGCUCGAUGCUAGCCAGAGCCAUGAUGUCCAGGUGGCUGCUCACCAGGCGCUGAUGGAAGAGAUUGUGACACUCCAGGAUGAGAUCAACGAACUGCAGAUCUGUUUUGCCGAAGAGCUAGUGUCUGACACUAUGGACACAGAUACGUCUGACCAGCUGGCUAUGCAGUCCACGCUAACCGUGCUCGCAGAGCGCAUGGCCACCAUCAAGAUGAAAGCAUUGGGAAAGAAGCAACUUCUUGAGGAGAGGCUGAAUGAACAGGAAGAGCAACAGCGUCAGGAGCAAGCUCUCCAAGUGUAUCGCAGUGAGGCUGAUGAACUGGACAAUUGGCUUCUAAUUACAAAGGCCAUUCUGGAUGCAACACUGAAGGUUCCCAAGGAGCAGAUGGACAUGGAUGAACAGCUCAAUGAUUGUCAGAACAUGUUGGUGGAGAUCGAGCGGAAAGUGGCGUCCGUUUCGGAGCUCUCCAUGAACAGUGAGAACCUCGUCCUGGAAGGGAAGCCGCAGACCAGGGAGCAAGCAGAGCACCUGAUCGAGAAGCUCCAGAAUCUGAAGGGGAGCUUGGUGGAGCUGCAGAAAAUGUUGCAGGACAGAAGUAUCAGUAUCAAACAUGGUGUGGUGCAGGAGAAGGAGGAUACAGAAAUCGAUUUCACGUUCCGCCCCAGCCCCAGUGUCCAGGAGUGGCUGGUACAAGCUCGAGCCAGCCGCUAUCAGCACCAGCAGAACAGCCUGCAGAGACAGAAAGUAAGUGAGCCAUUGCCCGGUAUUAGUCACAGGAAGCCCGGCACCAGUGGUGGGAGUUCCUAUUCCGAUAAAGGCCAGCACUCCACUUUGAAAUGGAGAUUGUCAGAAAAGGUUAAGUAUGAGACAGCCCAGCCUGAAACCUUACCCCUGGAGCUUGGCUUCGAGGGAGAGAAGCUGUACGGCCUUCAGCAACUGGGAGCCAAGUGGCGGAAUCUGCUGAAGGAGAUCAGCAGCAAGCAGAAGCUGUUCGAAGCUGCGUUGGAGCAAAACCAGGAGCAAAAGGUCUAUGGUGUGUCCAGUACAGUAUCGAGUGGUAUGGUUUUAUUCAAAGGGGAGGCUCAGACGUUGGACAAGUCUGUGCAGACAGCAAAAUCCCUCCUGACUGGCCUGGGUCAGGCCUUUGGAGAGGUUACACCUCAGGGUAAAGAUGCCGAGGAGCAAAGCCUCCCGCUGGAACAGAAGUUGUACGACGCGGUUUCAGUUACCUGUCGUUGGUUGGAUGGAAUUGAAGACCACUUGCUGGUCAGCACAAGUUUCCUCCCAGAAAAGGCUGAGACACACUUGUAUCAUGAAGAGGCUCUCGGGAAAGAUAUUGAGGAAGUGAUUGAAGAAGUCAACGAGAAGAAGGAUGCCUUUUUCCAUAUUCUGCCUGAGCCGGUGAACCAGGAUGCCAUCGAGGAAACCGUGAGCUGCCUCUGUGAAAGACUUGGUGCGCUGGGGUUAACGGUGAAGGAGCGCUGUGAGAAGAUCAAAGACCAAUUGCAGCAGCUGGUGGAGUACCAAACUGAGUUGAAGCUGCUGAUCACCUCCCUGGCUGAUAGUAAAUAUGUCGUCCUACAGAAGCUAGCUGAGGCUUUGGGGCAUACCGUCACAGAGCAACUGCAGGCCAUUUUGCAAGCGGAAGAUGACCUGAGGGAAUUUGAGGCACGGAUUGGUCAUUUGAAAGAGCGGGGAGAGAAGCUGCAGCCAGAUCAGGCGAUACUGCUGGACCUCUCGAAAGUGCAGGAUAUGUACGAAGAGCUGACGAUGAUCAUUGGAUCCAGCCGCAGCUCCUUAAACCAGAGCCUGGCUCUGAGGGGACAGUAUGAACAAGCUCUGCAGGAUCUGACCGAUCUGACAGACACAGGCCAAGAGAAGAUGUCACUGGACAAGAGGAUCCUGGUCACGUCUAAGGAAGACGUCAAGAAUCUUCUGAAUAAACACAAGGAAUUUUUCCAAGGGCUGGAGUCUCACAAAAUCCUUACAGAAACACUCUGUAAAAAAGUAAACUCCUGUAUCCAUCAGAAAGAAAGCAGCUCCCAGCAGGAACUGAUGACCAAGUGCUCGGCUUUACUGAAGGCAGCUCAUGGGAGAGGUGUGGAAUUGGAAAGCGUUUUUGAGACCUGGACUAACCUGGCGAGGGAUUACGAUGCUCUGUACAGACAGCUCGAAGGGGUGGAGAACAGCAUUCCCGGUGCAGGUCUGGUGGAGGAAUCUGAAGAACGGCUCACGGAACGGAUCGCGCUGUAUCAGAGGUUAAAGGCCAGCUUGACUGAACAUCAGCCACAGUUGUACCAAGUGCUGGAAGAUGGGAGGAAGCUCCUGAUGUCUGUCAGUUGUGCAGAACUGGAGGCUCAGGUAGCCCAGCUCGGGGAGAACUGGCUGUCCAGUACCACCAGAGUGAGCAGGGAGUUACAUCGCCUCGAAACUGUCCUGAAACACUGGAACAGGUACCAGGUUGAGUACACUGAGCUGAAUCAAUGGCUCCAGUCUGCAGUGGAGCGCCUGGAAUUUUGGAAGCUGCAGUCAGUGACCCUUCCACAGGAGCUCGACGCCAUCAGGGACCACCUUAGCUCGUUUCUGGAAUUUUCCAAGGAGGUCGACACCAAGUCCUCCCUCAAAUCCUCGGUGCUGAGUCGGGGAAAUCAGCUCCUGCGGCUCAAGAAGGUGGACACAGCUUCCUUGCGAUCUGGGCUGGCCCAGACGGACGGACAGUGGACAGAGCUCCUCACUCAAAUCCCCCUGGUCCAAGAGAGGCUGCACCAGCUUCAGAUGGAGAAAUUGCCUUCACGCACAGCCAUCAACGAGCUCAUGAACUGGAUUUCACUUAUGGAACAAACCCUUGAAGAGGAUGAUGAGAGAAUUCGAAGUGCUGUGGGUUCACAGAUGAUAGAACAAUACCUCAAGAAGUACAAGGCUUUCAAGAUUGACCUGGCAUGUAAGCAGUUGACGGUGGACUUUGUGAACCAGUCAGUACUGCAGAUCAGUAGCCAUGACGUGGAGAGUAAGCGCAGUGACAAAACUGAUUUCGCUGAGCGCCUUGGAAUAAUGAACAGGAGGUGGCAACUGCUGCAAGGACACAUUACUGAGCAGAUUGGGUCGUUAGAAACCUCACGAGAAUCGUGGGCGGAGUAUGAGAAUAGUGUCCAAUGCUUGAAAGAUUGGUUUGAAUCUCAGGAGGACCAACUGAAGAAGUGGCACUCAGUCAGUGACCUUGCCUCUAUCCAUUCUGCACUGAAGGAUUGCCAGGAACUGGAAGAUAUUAUCCGAGUGAAAGAGAAGGAAGUGGAGAAAGUUGAGAAAAGUGGCCUGGUGCUGAUACAGAACAAGAAAGAGGAGGCUUCCAGCAACGUUAUGGAAACACUCCGAGAACUUAAUCAUUCCUGGGCUCAUCUGGACCACUUGGUUGGCCAGUUGAAGAUCACUCUCCAGUCGUUGCUGGACCAGUGGAAUAUUUACAAGGCAGCCUAUGAGGACAUUAAUGGCCACCUGAUGGACGCCCGCUACUCCCUUUCACGUUUCCGUUUGCUGACUGGCUGUCUGGAAGCUGUGAAAAUCCAGGUAGACAACCUACAGAACCUCCAAGAGGAACUGGAUAAGUCGGAAGGCAGCCUGCAGAAGUUUGACUCUGUGUCCAAUCAACUCCUGAAGGAGUGCCACCCACCAGACAGCAGCUUGUUGACAACUAAUCUCAAUGAGGUUAAUACAAGCUGGAAUAAUUUACUUCAAGAUAUCGCGGAGCAACUUCACUCCAGCAAGAUUCUCCUUCAGCUCUGGCAGAAGUACAGGGAUUACUCGGGCCAGUGCUCAGUUACAGUGCGACAGCAGGAGGACAAAAGCAACGAGUUGAUUAAGAAAGCUGCGAACAGAGAUAUCGCUGAGGAGGAGGUUACAAAUUGGAUUCAGGACUGUGAUGCACUGUUGGAAGAGUUGGCCAAACUGCGGGACUCUCUUCAUGUCCUGUCUGACCUGGGGGAAGAGAUGAGGCAGCAGGUGGACUCUUCAGCAGCAGCCGCUAUUCAGUCUGACCAACUGUCCCUCAGCCAGCGAUUGUCCACUCUGGAACACGCUCUCAGUAGGCAGCGCUGUGUGCUACAGGCUGGUGUUCGCGAUUACGAGACGUUCAGCAAGAGACUGGAAGCUCUGGAGGAGUGGAUUGUGGAGGCUGACGAGGUGCUCAAAUCACAGGACCCCAACCGAUCGUCUGACCUGACUAUAAUCCAGGACAGAAUGGAGGAGCUGAAAGUCCAAAUGCUAAGGUUUAGCAGUACAGUCCCUGACUUGGAUCGUCUGAAUGAAUUGGGAUACAGGUUACCCCUGAACGAUAAGGAGAUCAAACGCAUGCAAACAUUGAACAGACACUGGUCGUCAAUUUCUGCUCAGACCACAGAGCGAUUUAGUAAACUGCAAGCAUUCCUGCUUCAGCACCAGACGUUCCUGGAGAAAUGUGAAACCUGGAUGGAGUUCUUGGUCCAAACCGAGCAAACCCUGGCAGUGGAGAUUUCCGGAAACUACCAAAACCUCCUGGAGCAGCAGAGGGCCCAUGAGUUGUUCCAGACAGAAAUGUUCAGCCGACAGCAGAUCCUGCACUCCAUCAUCAGCGACGGACAGCGCCUCCUGGAGCAAGGCCAGGUUGAUGACAGGGAUGAGUUUAACUCAAAGUUGGCGAUGCUGAGUAACCAGUGGCAGGGGGUGAUCCGGCGGGCACAGCAGCGGAGAGGGAUUAUUGACAGUCAGGUCCGGCAGUGGCAGCGUUACCGGGAGCUGGCGGAGAAGCUGAGGAAGUGGCUGUCGGAUGUCUCCCAGCAGCUGGAGCAGAGGUGGGGCAGUGCAGCUCCCAUUGCCCUGCAGCAGGCCAGGAGCCUGCUGGAUGAGGUGCAGCUGAAGGAGAAGGUGCUGCAGCGUCAGCAGGGGAGUUACAUCCUGACAGUGGAGGCUGGGAAACAGCUCCUGCUGUCUGCUGACGCAGAGGCCGAGGCUACGCUGCAGGCUGAACUCACUGACAUACAAGAGCAAUGGCAGGCUGCCAAUAUCCACCUGGAGGAACAGAGAAAGCAGCUGAACCUCCUGCUGAAGGACUGGGAGCGGUGUGAGAAAGGAAUCGCGGAUUCUCUGGCCAAGCUGAGGUCUUUCAAGAGAAAGCUAUCGCAACCCCUCCCUGAUCAUCACGAUGAGCUACACACGGAGCAGAUCCGUUGCAUGGAACUGGAAAGCUCUUUUGGAGGGUGGACUGAUGACCUGGCCCACCUCUCCUUUCUGAAAGAGACCUUAUCCAGCUACAUUCGCGCCGAUGAUAUCUCACUGCUCCAGGAGCGGAUCGAGCUGCUGCACAGGCAGUGGGAUGAGCUGUGCCAUCAGGUCUCAUUACGCCGACAGCUGGUCACCGAGAAAUUGAACGAGUGGGUGCUGUUCAACGAGAAGAACAAGGAGCUGUGUGAAUGGCUGACCCUGAUGGAAAGCAAGGUAUCACAGAAUGGAGACAUCAGCAUCGAGGAGAUGAUCGAGAAACUGAAGAAGGACUAUCAGGAGGAGAUAACAGCAGCAAGCGAGAACAAAAUGCAGCUGCAGCAAAUGGGCCAGAGGCUGAUGCGAGCCAGUCACGAGAGUAAAGCUUCCGAGAUCGAAUACAAACUGGGCAAGGCCGACGAUCGCUGGCAGCAUCUGCUGGACCUGAUUGGGGCCAGAGUGAAGAAGCUGAAGGAGACGCUGGUUGCUGUCCAGCAACUGGACAAGAACAUGAGCAGCCUGCGAUCGUGGCUUGCCCAGAUUGAAACUGAGCUCUCAAAACCCAUCGUCUAUGACUCCUGCGAUUCCCAGGAAAUACAGCAUAAGCUCGCAGAGCAACAGGAGUUGCAGCGAGACAUUGAGAAGCACAGUACGGGUGUGGCCUCUGUCCUGAACCUGUGCGAGGUGCUGCUGCAUGAUUGCGAUGCCUGUGCCACAGAAACGGAGUGCGACUCGAUCCAGCAGGCCACCCGGAACCUGGACCGCAGGUGGAGGAAUAUCUGCGCCAUGUCCAUGGAGAGGAGACUCAAGAUUGAGGAGACCUGGCGGUUGUGGCAGAAGUUUCUGGACGAUUAUUCUCGCUUUGAAGACUGGCUUGAAACCUCAGAACGGACAGCAGCAAUGCCUAAUUCCUCGGGAGUGUUAUACACGGUUGCCAAAGAGGAGCUGAAGAAAUUCGAGGCAUUUCAACGUCAGGUCCAUGAGAGCCUCACCCAGCUGGAGCUGAUUAACAAGCAAUAUCGGCGAUUGGCUCGUGAAAACCGUACGGAUUCCGGCAGUAAACUCAAAGACAUGGUCCACGAGGGAAACCAGCGCUGGGACAAUCUGCAAAGGAGGGUCACUGCUAUCCUCAGGAGACUGAAACACUUUAUUGGUCAACGAGAGGAGUUUGAAACCACGCGUGAGAGUAUCUUGGUCUGGUUGACAGAGAUGGACCUGCAGCUGACCAACAUUGAGCACUUCUCUGAAUGUGACGUCCAGGCCAAAAUCAAACAGUUAAAGGCCUUCCAGCAGGAGAUAGCUCUCAACACGAGCCGCAUUGACCAGCUCUUUGUUGAUGGAGAGCAGCUGAUUGAGAAGAGUGAGCCAAUGGACGCUGCAAUCAUCGAGGAAGAACUGGAGGAACUUCAUCGGUACUACCAGGAGGUCUUCGGCCGAGUAGACCGCUACUACAAGAAGUUGAUGCAGCUUCCGCUGACCGAUGAUGAACAUGAGGUGUCUGACCGGGAAACAGAAAUAGAUGAGAACAGUGAAUUCUCCAGCAUGCAGUGGCUGGACAGAGCUGCAGACAAUGUGGGGACCCCUCCGCUGUCCCUGAGCCGGGGCACUGGUCUCCCACAGCCCAAGGACACUCGGUCAGGGCGUGAUACCCCGGCCAGCGUUGACUCCAUCCCCCUGGAGUGGGACCACGAUUACGACUUGAGUCGGAACUUGGAGAGCGCAGUGUCUCGUGCCCUGGAGGGUGCUGAGGAUGGCACUGGGGAUGAAGACAGCGAUUUCUACCUCAAAGGAGCAGCUGAAAUCACAGAUGUAGUCAUCCCCGAAAGCCCCGAGGCCUAUCUAAAACUGACAGAAAGUGCUUUGAGAUCCACUGGAGAGCCCGGCCACUUGGAGAAGCAAAUCCGCCAGCUGGACAAAGCGCUGGACAGCAGCCGCUACCACCUGCAGCAGACUGAAAACGCCAUCCGCAGCAAGACGCCCACAGGCCCUGAGUUGGACUCCAGCUACUGGGGCUAUAUGAAGCUGCUGUCGGAAUGCCGUGGUAGCAUUGAAACUGUGAAAAGGGUGGGGCAUAAACUCAAAGAGGAGGAAGACAAGCUCUCCGGCUUAAUUAACCUGACGAGCACAGAGUCACAGACUUCAGGUGUGAUUGAACGCUGGGAGCUGAUCCAAGCCCAGGCUCUUAACAAGGAGCUGAGAAUGAAGCAGAACCUUCAGCAGUGGCAGCAGUUCAACUCUGACCUGGACAGCAUCUGGCAGUGGCUGAGUGAGACUGAGGAAGAGCUGGAGCACCUCAGCAAACUGGACAUCAGCACAGACAUCCAGACCAUAGAGCUGCGUAUUAAAAAGCUCAAAGAGUUACAAAAGGCCGUUGACAACCGCAAAGCCAUCAUCUUGUCCAUAAACUUAUGCAGCGCUGAGUUCACCCAGUCAGACACGAGCGACGUGCUGGAACUCCGUGAGCGCUUGAGUCAGAUGAACAAACGGUGGGACCAGGUUGGCAGCAUGCUGGAGGCUUGGCGUCACACCCUUCAGGAUGCCCUCAUGCAGUGCCACGAUUUUCAUGAGAUGAGCCAUGGCCUACUACUCUGGCUGGAGAACAUAGACAGAAGGAGGAAUGAAAUUCUCCCCCUUGACCCCAAUCUGGACUCUGACACACUGCAGGACCAUCACAAGACGUUGCUGCAAAUCCGACGGGAGCUGCUGGAGUCGCAGCUGAAAGUCGCCUCACUGCAGGAUAUGUCCAGCCAGCUGUUGGUCAAUGCAGAGGGCAGCGACUGUCUUGAAGCAAAGGAGAAGGUUCAUGUCAUUGGCAAUCGUCUCAAGCUCCUCUUGAAAGAGGUCACCCAAGACCUGAAGGAGCUGGAGAGAAUCUUGGACAACUGCGGCAGUCAAGCGGACCUGGCGUCAUGGUCUUCGGCUGACGACUUGGAUUCCUCAGGCUCCCUCAGCCCCGUGUCUGGCGGAAGCCUGGCUGUUCGACCCAGACUGCCACGGGGCAUAUGUAGCCUCACCCAGCCUGGAGCCUCUGUCAGCAGCCCACACAGCAGGCUCCACAAAGAAAGCCAAAGAGAUUCUUCCCAUUCUAAGGAGUUGGAAGCCCGGAAGAAGCCGUCCUUUCUCCUGCGAGUGCUCCGAGCAGCGUUACCUCUGCAGUUGUUGCUGCUGCUGCUGAUCGCUCUGGCCUGUCUUGUGCCAAUGACUGAGGAAGACUAUAGCUGUGCCUCAUCCAACAACUUUGCCCGAUCCUUCCACCCCAUGCUGAGGUACACCAAUGGGCCCCCUCCAAUAUGACCAAUAGGAGAGAGAGAGUUGAGAAAUGGAAUCGUCACCAGACACAGUUUCUCAUGGAAAGGGGGAAAGCAAGCCUGGCUCCUUUAGAGCUCUCCACUCCAUUGGCUACUCUGUACGAUGUCCUUUGAAACCACUCGGGUCAAACUGAAGCCACAGGAUGGGCAUGAAAGUAGCCAGUCCGCGCUCCCAGAUCCAGGAUUCAAAGAGAAACAUGUAACAUACCAGUUUAAAUAACUUUUUAAUGAGCAUUUAUUUUCUACAGUGUUUGCUUUAGGCAUGGGCUUGUAUAGUUUGAGCUUUCAAAAUUAACUCUCUGAAUGUGUGAACGUUGUAAAUCUAGAAGGGAGUCUGAGCUGGAUAGUAUUGAGAUGUAAGUAAACUUUCAGGCGAUGUCAAUCAGACAAUUAUUGGAUGUAAACUAAAAUUGAACAGAUUAUAUGUGUACAGAUUGUUAAAGCUAUUUUAUGGUUUAAUAUAACCCUUUGCAUUUAGUACCCACGCUGAUCAUUUUUACCUUGUGAGCUGCUUUUCAGAAACCUGCACUGAGCGAAUACUUCCCUUUCUCGAUGUUACUUGGUGGAGGGAGGCAUGAAUGUGUACAUAAUAUAUAAAUAUAAAUCCUCCCGCAACCUCUUGCUUUGUGCAAUGGGUGGGACACAUGUUUGAAGCAAUUCCAAAGGGAAUCCAGUGAUGAAAUUCAAAACGAGGGAAGCCUCUUGAACAGUGUCACUCCUGUUGACCGCUGUGAUCGUCUAAUUGUGGCAUGUUCCGAUCAUGGUCAAACCGCAGCGCGUUUUUCUAUUCAGAAGCAGCCUCGUGUGUCUACAAGUAAGAAUAUGGAAAGCUGGUUCUUUUUGGUGUACAGCAGAAAGCCGGGUCUCUCAUUAAAGGACCUACUUCUUUCA